GAACGGACGGUGCGCCGAGAUGGUGCAUCAAUGCACAAGCAAAAGCGAUAGGCAAAAUGUGUUAGCCGAAGAAAGCACGCACAAACUUCAAGGAUUGCUGCUAAUUGGGAUUUAUGAUGUAUUCAAUUAUUUUGAAUGGACGAUUUAGCUGCUGGUGAUACUGCGUGAGAAAGACCAUAAUGAAACAGCUGAAAACGUGUCAAGUACGUGAAUACUAGACUACAUUGAUUACAUUGGCUGAAAUAUCAAUUUUGCCCGUUUUUCUUAAUAAUGCCUAAAGAUGCAAUCUUUCGGUUGUCCUUUAUGGAGACGGAGCGCGCGCACAGAUUUGCUGUUUCCUUUAUCUGAAGUUAUUGAUAUAUCGCUACACUCGGAAUUUUGAUAUUAACGAGAGAUGCGUUGUGUAUGGUAACUUUUGUUUUUUCCAAACAGACAUCCCAUAUAUUGCGCAGUUCAAACUCGUGCGUAAUUUCAUUGUAUACGCUGCAACAUCGCACAACAAAAUUGCUCAAAGAGCUAAACUGACGACAUUUAAAGAUCUUCUUACUAACGACACGUACAUUUAAGGAUUUUAUUGUUUUUUGUUUUUGUUUAAGCUACUUUAUAAAACCUUUAUGUGAACUCUUGGAUUCGUCAAAUCUUCAACAUCCUGUUUUUAAUGCCUUUUUUCAGUAUUAUCAAGACGUUAUUCCUUCCAAAUGCUGCAAUGGGGAGAACAAGGUUUAAUCUUAUAAGUCAAAACAGAAAAUGUCAAUGCUUUACCAGACCAUCAUCUUCCUUAUCUUUCCUUUAUCUGGUCACCAAGAAUUCCUUAAGGGAUUAAGCUAACAACACCCAAAAAAAGAUAUUUCCCAAGCCCACCCCUCUGUGACUACUCUGAAAUCCUCCCUCCUUCUGGUACCGACAUGGCUGCGACUCCUGAUGUGGCCUGCCUAUCAGAGAUGGGUGGAAUCAUGGGUCAAAACCUCAGCCUGUCCUAUGGUCCUGAACCCUGUAACCAGAGUGCUCUCCGAACCCUGCCCUACUCCCCCGAAGCCACGGCAGCGUUCGCCAUAGCCAUCACUCUCAUGAUGAUCUUCACCAUUGUGGGAAACAUUCUGGUCAUCAUCGCCGUUUUGACCUCCCGCUCGCUCCAAGGUCCGCAGAACCUCUUCCUCGUGUCUCUGGCGGCGGCGGACAUUCUCGUGGCCACCCUCAUCAUCCCGUUCUCCUUGGCCAAUGAGCUGCAAGGCUACUGGGCCUUCCGCUCGCUGUGGUGCGAGAUCUACCUGGCGCUGGACGUCCUCUUUUGCACCUCCUCCAUUGUCCACCUGUGCGCCAUCUCGCUGGACCGCUACCUCUCCAUCUCCCAGCCCGUGUCCUACGCGGCGAGACGCACCCCCAAGCGCAUCAAGGCGGCCAUCGUGGUGGUGUGGCUGAUCUCGGCCGUCAUCUCCUUCCCUCCUCUCCUCUCCCUGGACAAGAGCGAAGGAGGGGUGGAGGUGUGCGAACUGAACAGCGAGCGCUGGUACAUCCUCUACUCCACCAUUGGCUCGUUCUUUGCGCCGUGUUUGAUCAUGAUCCUGGUGUACGUGAGGAUCUAUCAGAUUGCCAAGCAGCACACUCGCCGUCCCCCCGGAGAGAGGCGCAAGGAGGGCGCCCAGGGGGUCAACGUCGCGGCUUUGGACAAACGGCCGAAAUCGUCCAGCCCGUCGCGAGCCAGCCCUCCAAAGAGUCCUCGCGUCUCUCCUCCCUCCCCCUAUCCCCCUCGGGCCCGGCCAGAGACGCCCGGCAACGAUCUCCAGCCGCCCGAGGAACAGCCUCCGGCCUCAUCGCAGGUCCCCGCUGCCGUGGGUCCACCGACCUCCCCUCCCACCUUCCUUUCCCUUCAAGGAGACCGACCUCCGGCUAUCCCUGACCCCCAGGAGGCCUGCAAACAGCCUCACCAAGCUGCUGAGACACACACAGGAUCUCUCCACGAUGACAGUUCCUCUUUCGGCUCGGAGGUGGAGGCGGAGACGAGGGACCAUGGAGGAGAAAACGGCCGAGGGCAGGGCGGGCCUGAGAAGAUGAGGAUGACCACGCGAGGGUUGUUUCAAAGCAAAAAGUUCAAAGGUCAAGUUCAAAGCCUGGCCCAGAGGUACAAAAACACAGUGGCCACACCCACUGGCACCAAGCUGGCCUCUGAUGGGCUGCCCAAGCCCGAGGGCACGCCCAUGUCACGGCGCAAGGCCAUGGUAAACCGAGAGAAGCGUUUCACCUUUGUGUUGGCGGUGGUAAUCGGCGUGUUUGUGGUCUGUUGGUUUCCCUUUUUCUUCUCCUACUCCCUCGUGGCUGUCUGCCCAGAGACCUGUUCUCUCCCCAAGCCACUCUUUACGUUUUUCUUCUGGAUUGGCUACUGCAACUCCUGCCUAAACCCUGUGAUAUACACCAUCUUCAACAAGGACUUCCGGAAAGCCUUCAAGAAGAUCUUGUCGAGGAACACCAAGGGCACCUACUUCUAAAGUGCAGCUCGCGCAAGGACAGAAUUCCUUUUAGUUCAUGAGGACAAACAAAUGGUGUACGCACUUGCUUCUCUUUGGUUUGCUAAACGAAUGCGGACGAAUGCUUCAAUGUACAGUAUUAAGUAACUGGAUUCUAGGUUGUUCGUGGAAAGGAUAAUAAUAAUAUCUUUAAUCUGCAUCAAGGUGUGAAAAAAAUGUGACGGAAUCUAAUGUCAUUUAGAAACGACUUGUGAUUGUCAAGAUCCAGAACGAUCUUCAGUCUUUCCAGAGCCUGUGUAUUAGCUUGGGGCAUUAGUCACAAUGCAAGGAUACAGUAUCAAAUCAAAUUUCAUUUGUAUUGCCCUUUUUGCAAGCAGCAUCACACACGGCUUGACAUACACCCACAGAACUGCACCUAAACCAACCUCAAACCCUCCAGAAAGACAGGGACAAACUCCCAUUGAAGCUGAAACGUCAGAAACAUACGGUAAAACAUAGGUUCCGUGAGUUUUUAAUGUUCUGGGAGUUCUCCAGUGGAGCAGGUUGCUUCGCGAGUCAUGCAAGGACAGAGAUGAAAAGGACUUGACCAACCAAGACGAUUCCCCUUGAAUUUCAAGGUUAGGAGAGAUCUGGGUAUUAAACAGGGUAUGAUCUCCUCACGGUGUGAAAUAUACGUGGUAUCUAGCUGAAGGUUUAAACAGCAAUCAGAGGUGUAAGGAUUACAGGGUUUUCUAAAGUAAAAAUAAAAAUACAAAUGUGCAUGUUUCUCUGCCUACACUACUCUGUCUCUCUCUUUCUCUCUCUCUCUCUCUCUCACUAGCCUUGGGUACUAGAUGUGUGUAGUGGUGGAUAAAAGCAUCUCAUCUCGUAACUCCCCAUGGACAUAACAUCAGAGGGCAGGAUAGGGAAUAGAUCCUGAAGUGAGAUCCAGGAACGUUAGACCUCUCGCUGGGAGCUGCCCAUCACAGUCAGAGUUUCAGGCCACCGAGGGGAAACUACAGCAGGAAAACCAGAAACAUGGAAAACCUCCGGAAAAGAUGGAGAAGAAAAAGACCAAUGUGAAUCUGCUGCAGUACCACUGCUGGGAGUCCAGUCAGUGCUUAUGUUUCCUCCUUGUAUUCCUGCUCUCUCUUUUCUUCAUCUCUCCCCAACUGUAUCGUUUUGGAGAGAGACAAUUUCCUAGGUGACGGUUGUUCACCCAGAAGGUACCAGGUUGUAAACUGACUCAGCACUGGAAAUGGAGUUUGAAUUCAGUUUGCCUGCUGUCUAUCUCAGUCCUGUGUUAAACUGCUUUACAACUGAGAAAACAAGGUCUAAAUCCACAACGUGACUUGGAACCUUCUUAGACAAAUUAUCUCUGUGUGUGUGUGCGUGUGUGUGUGUGCAUGUUAAUCCGGAGGGCAUGCUUUUGAAUGUCCAUUACUAAAUUAUUUCUUAACCAUCAACUGUGUGCAGGACUGGCUGAAAUGGUGGGCAAGGAUGUAAAUAGUUGCGAUGUGAUAUGUAACAAACCUAUGUUUUUUUAGGUGAUCAUGGGCUGCACUGUUGAAUGAGGAAUCAAUUGGGAGCUUGUCUUGAGUCACCCAGGACAUGAUUAUAUCCGUUUUUUUGUGUUUGAAAAGGCCAUGGUUUAUUAACCUUUGUUUUAACUGUUGUUCUUACAUAGAUGAGCUGUUGUGGUGUUGCGUCUCAGUUCUGCACUGUAUGGUUGUACAA